GGUGGAGAAAGAGAAAGCUCAGGCAGCAGAACAGGCAAAAAAACGUCUUGAACAGAAAUCAGGGUCAGUCACAGCUACACCAGCAGGAACCGCUGCAACGCCCGCUGCCUCACCAAAGGUCAUCGUCGGCUCCAUUUCGGGCCAGGGCACCCCCAGUGCCAAAGUGGUGUUGUCCACCAAGAUGUGCACCCCCGUCACAUUCCAGCAGAACAAAAACUUCCAGCAGUCGUUCGCCACCUGGGUCAAACAGGGUCAAAGCUCACAAGGAGCGGGUGCGGAGACCACGGUGGCCACAUCUAGUGGACAUACGUUACACAUAACAGGAACGUCGGCCAGUGGAAAGGUGGUGACCACAAAGCUGCCGCUGCCUGCCAACAGCAAGAUCGUCACGGUUAACGUGCCAACGACACAAGGAGGCGUGGUGCAGCAGAAAGUGUUGGGCAUCAUCCCAUCCAGUACGGCAGGUGGUUCCCAAACCUACACCACAUUCCAGCCACGCACUACCACGCUUAAUAUCAAGCCCAGUACUCCCGGUUCCCAACAGCAGGUUCUGCCAGGAAGCGGUCAGAUCUGUCCAGGAAUGACAAUGAUCCGAACCCCGAUCCAGCAGUCGGGAGCGGUUGGAAAGACGAUUAUUCGUACGCCCCUCGUGGUCCAGCAAGGUCAGGGUGGACAACAGGUAGUGACACAGAUCAUCCGUGGCCAGCCAGUUUCCACUACGAUAUCUGCUGCCAGUUCGGUCACCACAGGAACUGGUCAGGGUGUUGCCAGCCCCAACGCAGGGGGACAGGCAGCAAGCCAAACGCCACCCAGCACCCCGCGGACACCGGGCCAAGGCCAGGUCAAACUCACCAUGGCCCAGCUGGCACAGCUCACUCAGAAGCAGCAGGCGGGUUCGGACCGACUAACCGGCGUCGGUGGUUCCGCUCAGGCUCUGACUGUGAUGGUUCAAGGCCAGGGUCAGACCACCGGCCAGCUGCAGCUGAUACCCCAAGGGGUCACCGUCAUUCCAGGACCGGGCCAACAACUCAUGCAGGCAGCGCUGCCCAACGGCCAGGUGCAGCGCUUCCUCUUCACCGCGCUGGCCUCCGCAGCUACACCUGCUUCAAGCACAGCCACCGCAGCUUCCAGCCAGCCGGCCUCCACCCACAACAAAGCCUCCACCCAGCCCGGGCAGCAGACUGUCGCUCCGGUCCAGGCUGGGGCAUCGCCACUGUCCACCGCUAGCUCCCUGUCCUCAGCUGCCCCUCAGGGCCAGGUACCCACUCAGACGCAGGCCCACAUGCCCAUCCAGUCUCCCACGUCGCUGCAGGUCACAGCUCAGGGGGGAGCCUCCCAGAUGCAGCUGCAGCAGACGCCCCAGAUCAUCAGCAUGUCUGGGAUACAGCAGCAGGUUCUGGCCCAGCUACAGAACCAGCAGGGUGGAGGUGCUCUGCCACAGCACAUCAAACUGCAGCUUCCCAUCCAGAUACAACAGAGUGGGACCACCUCAGCUCAGGGUGGACAGAUUGGAAAUGUAGUUACCAUCCAGGCAGCGUCUGUCCAAGAGCAACUGCAGCGGAUCCAGCAGCUCAGAGAGCAGCAGCAGCAGAGGAAGAGACAAGCUGCCGAAGCAAAGCGAGAGCUCGCCCUUAACGCAGUCAACCAGAGCGACAUUAUUCAGAAACAGGUGGUUAUGAAACAGAACGCUGCAAUCGAGCACCUUAAGCAAAAGAAGACCAUGACUCCUGCCGAAAGAGAAGAAAAUCAGAGGUUUGUGUGCAGAGUGUUCCUUCUGUGUGGAUGUUUAUGUGAAGGUGUCAUUUAGGAAGUCGAGACGUUUAUGUUGUGGAUCAGUGAGAAUGUGAGUCAGCCUUCCGUCUGACGCGCACCAUCACAGAAAAUAUGUUUCAUCCAUGUGAGGAAAAGCCUCUUUUUAUUUUCAGAAUCAAACCUCUAGUUGUGUUCUUAUCUUAUCUUGUGCACUGUUAGCCUUUUUCUCCUCUGUUUUGGCUAACUUUGGUCUAACACGAUGUUAGUGGGGAUACAGCUCAGAAUAUUUACCGUUAUAACUCUGAUGGAUGUGGGUUCUGUUUGUCACUCUACAUUCAAAUUCUUCACUAUAACUGCUUCUUAAAGGUAUUUUUAAAAAGCUACAUUUGU